AUGCUGCGUAGCUCUGUUGCGGCUUGCGGGCAGUGCCGCGAGUCUGCGAGUACGGUCUACAGUCAAGUGCUCUGGUCGUUUUUUCGGCCGUGGACAUGCUCACCGUCGCUUCCCUCGAGCACACAUGCACGUCUCGGUCUGCGGCGCGCGUUGGGCACCGUUACAUCAUCGCUGCUCUCCUCCUCCUGCGCCACCGUGCGCCACCCAGCGCGUUGGGCUAGCCGCAGAUCGAUUGAGGAGCAGCUCCCGUCUAACAUCAAAGUCGACCCGAAUGCAUCUGCGGCUGCGGGCAGGGACGACGAGGGGCUCGGCCGCGACGCUUUCUCCAGCGGCAUCAACGGUAUUUACGGUAAUCGUGCCGAGUCGGCGAUGCGCGGCAUGCUGGGCCCGCAGGGGCAGGCAGACGCCCGAGAGUCCCGCGCUGUGCCUAUCCUCGGUCGGGCGUCGGUGCAAGGCACGAAAUACACGCUAGAUCGAUCGACUGUGUUUGAGCACUGGCGCUUUCACUGCCCGGAGCCGGUUGGCUGGCACCUGUCCAAGCUGGGCUCCACGACGUGCAAGAUGGUCAACGACGUGAACGAAGCAGUGGAGUCGCUGCAGCUUCAGAUCAUCAAGGGCUGCAACGUGUUCGAGAUCGACGGAGCCGCAUCGGAGGUACAUCAGAGCAUCGCCCGUGGCAUUUACGAGGCCUUGCAGGCCUUUGAGCUGGACCGCAGCGGCUUCGUAAUGGUAGCGCGCUGCGGCCUAAUCAAGCAACCCCGCUUCCAGGACGAAAUCACGCGCGUCGAGGCAUCCAACACGGCGGCCGUGCGCAAUCGAAUCAUCCCUAUCUUUGAGCGCUACAAAGCCUCUUCGCUGCCAUCGACAUCCCUCAAAUCCGGAUUCCGCAUCAGUGAGCUGGAUGACUCACAGCUGGCGCGGCUGAACCUGCGCCGUGUAGACCGGACGACCGCCGCUGGGCUCUCGCCAGACUGGCUCGACGCCUUCUUCACCAAUGUUGCCUACAACACUCGACUGGAGUGCAUCGACGUCCUCCUGCUCGAAGGGAUACACACGCUCUUUGACGGCCGACCGGACGAGCACAUCGACGAUGACAUCCUGCAGCUCUUUGUGUAUCUUGAGCGUCAGGUCAAGCAGGGCGUCCUGCAGUACUACGGGGUCUGCUCACCUCACCUCGCUCCUCCGGUGCCGCGCAACUAUCCGGAAAUGCCGCCGGAUGCGCUUGUGCCGGACAAGUACCGCACGCCGCCGAAGGAGCCGGCCACAAUUAACCUCUAUCGCCUCAUGGCCCUCGCAGAGCGUGCCGGCGGCGCAGACCACCACUUCCGCUUUGUCCAGUACCCCUUCAACCUUACACAGCACCAGGCGAUGAGCAGUCCGCUGGCGUACGACGCGAAUCACACCCUCGCGACGCUGUGCAGGGCACUGGGGCUGACCGCCCUCGGCUACAGCCCAUUGGAGGCGCCAAACCUGAUGCAGCUGCCUGAACGCUACCACAACUUUCCCAUGGAGGCGGACCUCAAGGCGCUGCGCAUGAACUUCUUCACGGUGUGCGAGCGCUGCGUGCUAAAGGAGAUGGAGAUUAAAGACACGAUCGACAAGGGUCCCGACACGCUGCCGCCGCUCGAGCAUCUCUUCGUGGCCAGCGUCUACUUGGCGGCACAACGGCAGUUCACAAACCUCUUCUUCUUCACAGACUGGGCAAACUAUUACAUGACGCCGCGCUUCCGGCGUGCCAUGGCGCGCUUCAAAGAGGCGUCCAGCGCGGACCUGAAGGAGUGGGCGAAGCAGUACGAGCAGCUCAUCAGCGACCUCCUGCGGAUGCGCCAGCGCAUGUUCCAGCACAAGCACGGCAAGCAGGCCGGACUCGUCAACAUGGCCAUUGACUACGUGAGCCCCACGCUGGCGCGGUGCCCCAUGCUGAACCAGAAGGCCAUUAACUUUGCCACCUACGGCUGCAAUGUACUCCUGUGUGGUUUUCACGUGUCGCGGUACUUCCACGAGGCAACGGAGCUGAACCCGGCCAAGGACGGCAACCUGGCUAUUCCCGAAGGAGAGCUCCUGGCGCUGUGCAGGGCAGAGACGGUGAGCUACGCGAACGUAUCUCCGCCGCAUCCGUACAUGCUGGAGCUGCUCAUGGGGGAGGGAAAGAUCUCGAAGCAGCCAAGCAAGGGCGCUGAGUACCUCGUCCGCAUCGACCCUCAGAACCCCAAGUUUCCGGACAUUCCAGAAGAGCUGCAGAACGGUGACAGUGACGGCGAAGCUCCGGUAUCUGCAGAUGGCGCCACAGCAUCUCUGCACAAGGAUGAGGCAUCCAAGAAAGCGGCGAAGGAGUGA